UUCUUCUUCACACUAAUUUUUUCCAUUUCCUCUCACUUUGUCAUUUUCAACCACAUGCCAUCAAGCUAGAACCUUUGCUUUAACUUUAUGCUACUGUUGUACAUGACAUAAUUUAUCUCCUUUUAAUCACGAGUUUUUUUUUUUGUGUUUUUUUCUAACUUAAUGCCAAAACUAUAUACUACUAGUAUUUAAUAUCUUCACUAGUUUUCUCCGAGAGGGUGAAAAUACCCAAGAAAAUAUCUUGUUUCUUGAUUUAUUUAUUUAUAAAAAAAUAUAGUACGUGGUUUUCUUAUUUGGGGUUAUUUAUAGAGCAGUCAAGAUUUUGGUUUUGCAUUUGGACUUUGGAACUGAAUAUCUGGAAAUUAGUUUAAAUGGAGCUGAAAUUUGUUGAUUAUAAGGCAAUAUCUAUGUGCAAAUCAGUGGAUAUGAAAGGGAUGGAGUUUUCUAGUUCAUUUGUUGACUCAAAGCUCAUGUCUGGUGUUAAUGUGGCUCCCAAAUUCUGUUCUUGCAGAGGGCUUCUAAUGAAGAAUUCUUAUUCAAGCGCUUCAUAUGAUGCUACAAGAUCAGUAAGCGAAAAGAAUUUCUUAGUGGACACUUUCUCUGAUCAGAUAAAUGGCACAAACCAUACAAGUUUGUAUUUUAGAGAUAAAUGGGUACUUGAUGCCGCUGAUGAUGAAUAUGGAGGAGUACUUAUCAAUCCAGAAAGACUACCAUCCAAUCCCGACAAAUUUUCCUUCGUGCUUCGUGCAUCUCUCUCUCAUUGGAAAGUGAAGGGGAAGAGGGGAGUUUGGCUUAAACUACCACUGGAAAGAUGUGAUCUAGUUCCUAUUGCAGUAAAGGAAGGAUUUCAGUAUCAUCAUGCGGAAAGAGGAUAUGUCAUGAUGACUUAUUGGAUACCAGAUGAACCCUACAUGCUUCCUUCUAAUGCAUCUCAUCAAGUUGGAGUUGGAGGUUUUGUGAUCAAUGACAAAAAUGAGGUGCUCGUCGUGCAAGAGAAACAUUCUGCGCCGGCUCUUUCAGGCUUAUGGAAAAUACCAACUGGUUUCAUUCUUGAGUCCGAGGAGAUCUUUACAGGAGUUGUGAGAGAAGUGAAGGAGGAAACUGGGAUUAAUACUGAAUUUGUGGAGGUUAUGGCUUUCAGGCAUGCACAUAGUGUGGCCUUUGAAAAGUCGGAUUUGUUCUUCGUCUGCCUGUUAAGACCUCUGUCGAAACAGAUCAUGGUUGAUGAUCUAGAAAUUCAAUCUGCUAAGUGGAUGCCUCUAAUUGAGUUCGUGGAGCAGCCACUAAUCCAAGGAGAUGACAUGUUCAAGAAAAUAAUUGACAUUUUCAUCGCUCGAAUAGGGAAGCGUUACUGCGGAUUAUCUGUCCAUCAAUUGGUUUCCAAAUUUGAUGACAAACUUUCCACAUUGUAUUUCAACACAGUUGAUGAUCCAGGUUUUAACUGUCAAGCCAGUUAGCAUCAUAAUCAGUAUUUGAUAUUAGUUUAAAACACAGAAAGUUGUCUUGUGUAUGUGUAAUCUGUUGUAACUUAUAGGAUAUAGACUCUGUAAAUAUGUGAAAUACAUUUCACCAAGAGAUUUUAAUUUUCAAAAAGUUUUUCUUCCCUCAA